AUGCGCUCUGGAUCACAUCUCACUCAUAGUCCGUUGGGUCGUCGAUACUUCGCGUCAAGAAAGACAGCGAGGCCUUCGAAACGAGCGGAGGCCCUCACCGCCCUGGCCAGAGAGCGUUACAACCGCGAUAAGCAUUCAUCGAUCGGAAUUGGCCCGUAUUGGGCCGGCAUUGCUGCUCUAUACGCAGCCUUAAUAGUGGUCUCUUGGGGUGGUACGACCUAUUUCUGGUUGACGCACUCAGAAAAGACACCCGUCACAGGUCGUCGCCGCUUUGCGUACUACAGCGUGCCGCAAUCUUCAAGCGAACCUCUCUCAGAGCAAGUCUUCUCAAAGAUUGAGGAGUUUCAAAGUCUGAUCAGGCCACAGUCUGAGAAGGUGAGGCAGGUUUUUAUGGACAUUGCAGUCGCCGCUGGGGUCGACGACCGUGAGUGGAAGGUCUACAUCAUCCCGGAUCCUGAGGCCAACGCAGCAGUGUCGGACGAGAUGUCGAUGGUGAUUAUCUACAGUGGAAUGCUCAAGCAUAUCAAGGCCAAAGAUGAUCUUGCAGUCGUCCUUGCGCACGAACUUGCACACGUAAUCGCCAAACACGACGAUGAAAGACAUAGCCGAAAGAUUAUGGAGUAUUAUUAUGGCAUUCCAUACACACCCGCCGGGAUUGUUGGAGCCCUGUCGCUUUGUGCGGCUAUGGUAGCCAUUGAGUUCGUUGUUGGAGGCAUUCUCUUGAUACCUUUCGCCAUUGGAGAAGCAAUGCGUCUGUCUGCGUACCGCAAGCAGGAAAAAGAAGCGGAUGCAAUCGGAUUGCUCCUAAUGACUGAAGCCGGCUACAAUCCAUACGCGGCUCGAAGGGUUUGGGCGUCGGUAAAGGCGGAAGAGGAUCAAGAUUUCGCUGCAGCGGAGGCUCGCGCGAAGCAGACUUCGAUCUCGAAGGCGACUGGAACGUCCGCGAUAGUCAGGAGAAUUCCCGAGCAUGAAAGAACACACCCACUAGUGAGCAACACAAUCUGA